AUUUGUAUUUAUUAGGAUCCCCAUUAACUGAUGCGGAUACAUCAGACGUUAACUCAUGACACACAAAACAAAGACUAAAAACUAUGGGAAAGCCGCUCUCUUAAGGAUAACAACUUUUUGCAAUGAUGCAACAUUAAGUUUUAAAUGUCCUAAAUCCACUCGAGUUUAAAAAAAGUGAAACAUCAAUAAAGAGCAUUUUAUUACCCCUUCAAAUUCCACUAUUAUAUAUAUCAAAACGACAAUAAUUCACACAUUUGUCAGUGUAUUAAUGUGCGGGCGUCAGAAACUGUCAUUCAGCCGUUUAGCUUGUGGACAAUAAAGUUAUUUAACACCCUGAUGACAAACGACCACAGAAAUGUACCUGUGUACAACAAUGCACUGCAGUUAUAGCAUUUCAAAUAAAACAGAAAUAAACAAAUAAUUAGACACUGGUAUCUAAAUGUGAAAUCACAAACCUGGUGUAUUAAAAAAUAAGAUAAUAAAGCAGCACAAAGAAGAUUGUUGGUCAUUUAUUUGUAAGUUGUUACACCAGAGUACAUUAAACAUGUGUCGCAUAUGUUUUAAUUUCCUUUAUAAAAUCAACAUGAACAACCGGAUAACACAAACAAGUGCAGCUGCACAACCACAGAGUCUCUGACAUGGCUGAUUGUACCUAACGAUAACAUUAUAAAUGCAACCUCACUGUAUUAUCUUUGCCCACGAAAUGUGUCAAACAUAUUAUAUGACAUAUAUUCUACUUGGCUGUUUGACAGUAUAGCUGAAAAUAUUAAGAAAGAAAUGAUCCCAGCAGGAUGAAACUCAACUGUUGAGAAAGACAUUUUACAUAAGAAGUGAUAUUUUUGAAUUAGCGUGGAUGAACUUCUCCUGCAGAGAGAUUCAGAACGUCACACUCGUCACUACCAAACGAUCCUGAGUAGCUCAUAAAGUUCAUUUCAGUCCACUAAAGCUUUUACUUUGUCUCCAUGUAGAAAGUCUCGUCAGCGCAACAACCAGCAACCACAGGAGGCCAAUGAAAUGGGGGGAAGUGGAGAUGACAGCGGGCCGGGGAGGCUGAGCCGCAGAUUUUCUCGUCUGAGCGGCAGGAAUCAGUCCAGGGAACCUCCGAGACCUCCAGCUCAGCCGGAGAGACUUCCUGCUCCGCCUGACAGACCCGUUCAACAAGAUGAGAGGCCAUCUCCACCAGCACCAGCUCCAGCUCCACUUCCUGCUCCUGCUCCUCCCCCCGUGGACACGCCACCUAAACGCCCAAACAAAGCCACAAAGCCCAAACUUCCCCCUCGGCCGCUGUCCAAGGUGUUCAGCAGCUCGGAGCAUGGAGCAGCUGUGCUGCAGGGGUUAGAUGCUUUCCGAGCAGAUCAGACUCUCUGUGACGUCGUCUUGGUCCCUGGGGACAGCAAGGACACUUUCCCAGUGCACAGAGUCAUCAUGGCUUCAUGCAGCGACUAUUUCAAGGCGAUGUUCACAGGAGGCAUGAGAGAGCAGGAGAUGAGAGAGAUCAAGCUGCAUGGAGUCACAAAGUCGGGCUUAAAGAACAUUAUAGACUUCAUUUACACAUCCAAGGUCAACCUCGACAUGGGUAAUCUCCAGGAUACUCUGGAGGCUGCAAACUUCUUGCAGGUCAUACCCGUCCUGAGCUUCUGUAACCAGCUACUGAGCAGUGAGAUCACUAUUGAUAACUGUUUAGAGGUAGAGCGCAUCGCCACCGACCUGCUUCUGGAGGACGUUCAGCACAAUAUAGGUGAGUUUGUGCGCCAGAACCUCUCAGAGUUGGUGGAGUGCGGCCGCUACCUGCAGCUCUCUGAAACCAGCAUGGCCACCGCUCUGGCCAAAAACUCCCUGAAGGGCUUCUCUGAGACGGAGCUCUACUACAUCGCCAGAGGAUGGCUGGACCACGACCUCCCCAAACGCCGCUCCUCUGUCUACGCCUUGAUGCGCCAUAUUCGCUUCCCACUGAUGAGCCCCGGCGAGCUGAUUCAGAUCUCCCAGGAAGAUGUAGAGGGAGAAGACUCCUUGAUGCGCUCUCAGACAGCCUGUGUGAAUCUCCUGCUGGAGGCCAGCAACUACCAGAUGAUGCCCUUCAUGCAGCCAGCUCUGCAGACUGAGCGGACACAAAUACGCUCGGACGACACCCACAUCCUGGCUCUUGGAGGUGUGAUGCGACAGCAGCUGGUGGUGAGCCGGGAGCUGAGGCUGUAUGAUGAGAAGAGCGGCCAUUGGAGAGCCCUGAAGCCCAUGGAGGUCCCACGGUACCAGCAUGGCGUGGCUCUUCUAGGCGGUUUCCUCUUUAUCGUUGGAGGCCAGAGCACUUAUGACACCAAGGGUAAGACAGCCAUAGACAGCGCCUACCGCUACGACCCGCGCUUCGACAAGUGGCUUCAGAUUGCUUCUCUCAAUGAGAGGAGGACUUUCUUCCACCUGAGCGCUCUGAAGGACAAACUGUAUGCGGUCGGAGGAAGGAAUACAUCAGGAGAGAUUGACACGGUGGAGUGCUACAACCUGAAGAAAAAUCAGUGGACAUUUGUGACCAAUAUGGUGGAGCCUCACUAUGGACAUGCAGGAACAGUUCACGGGGACCGCAUGUACAUCUCAGGUGGCAUCACCCGCGACACGUUCCAGAAGGAGCUUUGGUGUUAUGAUCCCGCCUCCAACAGGUGGAGUCGUCGAGCCGACAUGAUGGAGCUGCGCGGCCUGCACUGCAUGUGCACCGUAGGAGACAAACUCUACGUCAUGGGCGGGAAUCACUUCCAUGACAGCAGCGACUACGACGACGUCCUGGGCUGCGAACUCUACAGCCCGAAGACGGACCAAUGGACGGUGGUGGCGGCCAUGACACGGGGCCAGAGCGAUGUCGGUGUGACGGUGUUCGGCGGGCAGGUCUACGUGGUGGGGGGGUACUCCUGGAACAGCAGGUGCAUGGUUGACAUCGUGCAGCGGUACGAUCCGGAGCGGGACGUGUGGGAUAGGGUGUUCAACGUGCUGGAGCCUCUGGGGGGGAUUCGUGCCUGUACGAUGACAGUUCAUCUGCCGGAGGGGUCAGUGGAUGAGGCUCAGUUACAGGAGUGCCCGCUGCCAACAGCAAAGAGCUGAUCGUGCACCACAGACCGGGGGGGUUCCAAUUCUGUCAGACAUUUAACCUACAUACGAAAAGAAGGCAAAACAGGAAACAGUGUGGUUUGCAAAUACACAAGCAGGUGCAAGCGGCCUCUCUGUCAUACUUUACUGUCUUUAAUACCAUUUCCUAUCCUUGCAUUUCUUUCAGCCCUGCAGCGUCCGUCCUGCUCCUCUGCUUGUGUUCUUUAACUGCAGUUUCCGUAUUUAAAAGAAACAAUCGUUGCAUCUUUAAUGAAAGGUCAAACUUACCCUCCCUGUCAAGUUGUCUGGACAUUGUUUCAUUGAACAUUGAGUUUCGUUGCAUCAAGAUGAAUUAAAAGAAAUAACCGGACUUCAAAGACAAUAUUUUACUCUCUAAUAAUCUCAUAAAACAACUAUGACCUUAUCUCAAAACAGGCGCUGUCUGUGUAACUGUCAGACGAGGAAUCUGCGUAACUCUCUGAAUCAUAAUUACAAAACACAUACAUGAGGUAUGUGUUUUGAAAUCUCUGGCGCUGAAUCAUAAGAAGCCAGACAGCAAAGACAACGGGCCUUUAUUACGAUUUAGAACUUGACUUGCAACAUGUAACUAUCACAGAAAGUCAUGUUUUCUAAAUAAAUCUGAGCACAGGUUCAACAGAAAUGUAUAGAAAUGUAUUGAGAAAUGUUGGAUUUGUUAUGUUUUGUAUAUUUAUGCAGUGUUUUAAAUUGAAAAUAAACUGUUGAUGAUCUUCACGUCA